AUGUCUCGCAGAACGAUAGACAUCAAUAUGGAAUCCAGCGAGUUCCCGGAUCGGCCCCCUCCCUCACCACGUCUUCCGAACAUGCCUUGUUCUAUGGGCGGCGACCCGUCGUCCGAAGCAGCGGAGAUGGACAUCGAGGAAGGCGAGGUCAUCGAAGUCACUCCUCGCUUUUCAGAUCUCCCUCAAUCUCCCACAACGACGCCGCGUCAACCCGUCGGACUACCGUCGCAGUUCGACGGCCCACUGUCGACAACAACGUUUGGACGUCCUUCACUACCGGCGUCGGAAUAUGAGGGUAGCUCAUGGCAUAUACGUUCCGAGUGCGCCACCUCAAGCCCGGCUCGAACGGCUGAAAGCGAGGCGGUUAACGCUCCAGCCCGACGGCUUUCGCAGUCAACUUUAGAUGUGCUGGCGUCCACAGCACGGUCGGUAGUCCGACCGUCUACGGAGGUACCGCACGAGUCCGGUGAUGCUUGCUUGAUAGCGCUACCAUCAAUCUCCUCGAGUCGCUCACGGAGUCUGGAAGACAGUCCAGGAGCGUCACCCGUGGCCUCUUCAGCACCCUUAGUAUUCCGCAGCAGGAGCUCAUCUCUAUCGUCUGAUUGCCUCGGCCGCCACCCUCGCCAUGGCAUUACGACCUACGCUGAUGUUCCGAAGGAGACAGGCCUUCUUGUUCCGGACGAAACCCAGCUAAGACCCGGCCGCGCGGAGCGUGAGAGGACGCCGCACUAG